UUCCGCCAUAUCGGUGUCCCGCUCGUUGUUGUGACGCGACGCUUUACCGACGCUCGGCGUCGUUUUUCUAUUUAUGUAUUGUCUGAUAACAUAACGUAAAUAAUACAUUUGUGUCUGGAUAAAACAUUAAACGAAGUAAAAAUGGAAAAUAGACCUGCUCCAUUACGUUCAAGACGUGUAUGUCGAUUCUGCCUAACGGAGAAUGAACCACUCAACUUCAUCUACGAGAGGGAUCCUAGCAAGCCCUUCCAAGUGCCGCUUACCCUCCAAAUAAUGUCUUGUGUAGCCAUUGAGGUUUAUUCAGCUGAUGGGAUGCCACAAAUGAUUUGCAAUUAUUGUCGUUGGAAUUUGGAUCGCUCAUAUAAAUUCAAGCAACAAUGUAAAAAAGCUGAUGAAGCUUUAAGAGCAUAUCCAGCAACUGGUGUAUUACCUAGACCUUUUCCACCAAUCACUAAUGAUUCAACUAAUGAAAGCGGAAAACGUACAUUAGAGCAAAGAGGUCAAGACCAGAUAAAAAAGGUGAGAGUUGAUAAUGGAGACCGAGAGCGAAGAGAGCGUGAACGACAGGACUCAUCAAGCAUUAAAUCAGAUCGCAAUGAUUACUAUAAAGAAGAAAUGUCUCAUCCUGAUUCUGAAGGUGAUGAAGAAACUGAUGAUAAAGAUGGUAGAAAAUUGGAACCUGGUGAAAUAAGAGUACAUGCUUGCGAUCAAUGCGAUAGAACGUUUCCUCUUAAACAAGCUCUCCAACUUCAUAUUCAGAGUGCUCAUCGUGAUCGUAAUUUCAAAUGUACUGAAUGUGAACGCAUGUUUUUCUCCAAGUAUGAUUUACAGAAGCAUAUGAGUACUCAUUCUGAAGAGAAACCUUAUUCUUGUACAAUUUGCAAUAAAAAAUUCACUCGAGCUAACUUACUUCAACGUCACGAAAAGAUUCAUCGUGAAGAUUUACGCUAUAGUUGCCAACAUUGUGAUCGAGAAUUCUUUACUCGUGAGGAAUUGGAAAAACAUGAAGAUACAUCACAUAAAACAACUAAACCAUAUCAAUGUAAUAUUUGCAGCAAACGUUUUACUUACAAACAAGGCCUAGAACGUCAUGAAAUGCUCCAUGCUGAAGACAAGACAUUUACUUGUGAAUACUGUAAAGAAGCUUUCAGAACAAGCACUAAAUUAGCUCGUCAUCUGCAAACUCAUGCUGGACAUCGCCCUUAUCUUUGUAAACUUUGUCCACGUGACUUUUUGCUCUCUCAUCAUCUGACUCGUCAUAUGCGUACCCACUCUGUCGAGAAACGUCAUGUCUGUGAAGAGUGUGGUAAAGCAUUCAAACGAAAAGAGAGCCUAGAAGUUCAUCAUCUAACGCAUAGCAAACGUACAGGUAUGGGUUUAACAUGUCCUGUAUGUCAAGAGUCUUGUCGCAAUCGUGCUGAUUAUGUGACUCACAUGAAACAGCAUAUUGAAGCUGGAGAAAAAAUGGGACCAGAUGGUUUAUCUCCAGAUAGCAAGGACAAACUUGAAUCUGAAUCCGAAGAAGAAGAGGAAGAAGAACAAUUUUCUGAUGGUGAUGAUGACUAUGAGCCACCUGCAUCACUUGCUAGAAAAUAUCAAAAGCCAAUAAAGAGACAGCCCGAAGAGAGUGAAGAAGAUCCAGAGCGAGCUGAGAAAGAAGAACGCAAAGAACAGGUUGUAUUUGUUCGUGGAAAGGACGGACAGAUAAUCAAGAAAACCAUAAAAACUUUGAUGCCAAUACAACGUCGCGAUGUGUCGGAGACUAGAACUGCAACUAAAACCAGUCCUACUUCAUCAGCGGUCAAGGUGCAGCAUGUAAAACAAGAAGAGACAUCAAAAAAUCGUGUUGAUGACACUGAAGCAGAGGUACAGAAGAUUGUUGCAUCUGUUUUUGAAGAACAUAAAAUUCCAUUACAACAUGUUAACAUUCCACAGGAACAAGGCAAAGAUAUGCAGACUUUACGUCCACGAGCAGCCGUCAAGGAGGAAAAAAUCGAACCAGGAACUCCAGUCACCGCUAAAUCAGUGAAUACUUCUACAAAGGUAAUAAAACGUAUUGUUGUUAAAAAGCCAGCGACAGGAAGUACUGAGACCUCAACAACUGUAUCGGUAAAAGACACUGAAACCGUCAAGGCUAAUUCUACUAAUGCUAAGGUAAAGAAAAGAAUUAUUGUACGUAGAACUAUUCGGCAAGGUGAUGUUACGCGAGAAAUAAUCAUGAAUCCUGAUGGAACGGAAAUCGAUCCAUCGGAGCUUGCUAAACUACCAAAGGGGAAUGUAGUUAAACGAGUGGUGGUCAAAAAGCCAGUUGAAAAGAAUGUAGUCCAAGUGCUUCAGUCUUCUACAGAACAACAUGCAACUGUAUCCGAAACACCUAAAUUUGAGUUAAAAACUUCGCAAUCAACUGUAAAUGACAAAACGGCAAUUCUAGAGAAAGCAGAAAUUAAAACAUUAUCAAUAGGAGAUCAAGAAACGAAAGAAAAAUUAGAACAAUUAGAGAAACGUGUUGAACAACAACGCUUAAAGAUAGAAGAAUUGCAAGCUAGAAAACAACAGCAAGAGUAUGAACCUAUUGAUGACAUGCUACCAGAACGACAUGAUUCUGAAGAUGAGCAAGAAUUACCUCUUAAACGAGUAUUUGUAAAAAGAAAACAAAGCAUUUAUGAUGAAGAACGAGAGUAUAACGACACUGACAUUAAAACGGAAAUAAAAGUAGUUGAAAAAUCGAUUGAAAAAAAGGAACCUAUUAAAGAAACUACUUGCUCCAAAACAGAAGCAACAGCAACACCUGUAACAGUAGCAGAAUCAACAAUAGUAACACCAAUAAUAGCAGUUGUAACAGAAGAAGAACCAUCGGAAGUUGAACAAAUGAGUCGAGAGUUGAGUAGUAUUUUAGAUACUGCUGAUAAUGUUGCAAAGAUACAAGAGAAUGUUCUUAGUAAUUUAUCGGAAAUUUCUGGAAUUGAAUCGAAUAAUCAAGAAGAAGAAAAAACUAAAGUUGAGAGUAUAGAAAAACAAGUAGAAGAGCCACCAGCAAAAGUAGAAGAAAAGAAAGUAGUUGAUGAUAAAAGCGUUAAAGAAAAAGUUAAACCUAAACCUAUAGUAAAAAAAACUACUGAUGAAGAGAUGAAAAUGGAAGUUGACGAAGUUGUACAGAAUGAAACCACACCUAAGGAAGCAGUUGAACCACCUGUAGCACUUGAACAACCAGAACUAAAUGAAUCGACAGAUAUUUUUGAAGCUUCAGAUUCUCCAAUUCAGAAAUCCACUCAAAAUCUCGAAGACUCAGUAAUAGCAUUAUCUCAAGCGAAUGAUACGAUAAAUUUGAAUGAUACGAAUGAUAGUCAAGAUAGUUUAGAAGACAAGCUUUCGCAAAUGGAAGGUUAAUUCAAAUUGGAUCAUUCAUAAUUGAAAUCAUUACUUCAUUGUAUACUUUUAAUUUUUUUAUCUACAAAAGCAAUUAUCAAUUGACUUGAUUUUUAUUAUGUAUCAAAAUAUGUAAUCAUAAAAAAUAAGUCUAGGAAUGGGUUGAUGUGAUAAGCUCUAUCCAAUAUUUUCAUAUAUUUAUGACAUCCAUGAGCUUAUGAAAACUUUUUGGUAAUUAUUUUACUUUGAAUUUUCAGAAUACUUAUAUCUUAUGACUAACUCUAUACAUUAUAAAUAAAUUAAUUCCUGUAAGAAGUAUAAUUGUACUUCAUCAAUAUAUAUAUUGUAGCAUAAUACAAAUAUUUGAUGCACUUACCAAACAAAAUAA